GGUUGCUCUUUCUGUAAGUCUUGGACUUCUUAACAGUUCCUAAAGAUGCGUGAUAUCGAGUAUGUUUUUAAUGAUUGUAGUUGUCGCUCUUUGUUGCCGCUCUUGACCAAACUAUCAUGGCAACCGCCAUUCCAACAAUAUCAGCGGAACUCCAUUCUGCGUCUGGCUACACCUGGAUUGGCGGUGCUUAUCUUCUUGCAAAUGCUGCCGCAGCCACGAUCUGGGCCAAGCUGUCGGAUAUCUGGGGACGGAAGCCAAUCUUGCUAUCUGCAGUUGCCUUGUUCUUUGGCAGUUCUAUAAUAUGUGCGACCGCUGUUGAUAUGACUAUGCUUAUCGUCGGUAGAGCUCUGCAAGGGACAGCCGGAGGUGGCCUCAUCCAGCUGGUGACGAUCACUAUUUCCGAUCUGUUUAGCGUCAGACACCGCAGUCUUUAUCUCGGACUCCUCGAGUUCAUGUGGGCUAUCGCUGGUGGUGUCGGACCGCUGAUGGGUGGUGCUUUCUCCCAGUACGUUUCAUGGAGAUGGAACUAUUGGAUCAAUCUGCCCGUCUCGGGGACUACGUUCGUCCUGUUGCUGCUCUUCCUAGACGUACAUAACCCAAGGACGAAGAUGCUUGAGGGCGUAAUGGCCAUUGAUUGGUUUGGAAGUAUCUCAAUCCUGGGCCUUACUUUGAUGUUGCUCCUUGGUCUGAACUUUGGAGGGGAGACGUUCCCAUGGGACUCACCUAAGGUUAUCUGUCUUAUCGUUUUCGGAUGUGCUAUGUCUCUGCUGUUCAUCUACAGCGAAAAAAGGCUUGCGAAAUAUCCACUGAUGCCCAUGCAUAUUUUCAACCAUGUGUCCAACAUUGCUAGUCUCACGGUCUGCUUUACACAAGGAUUUGUCUUUAUUGCUGGUGAAUAUUACCUGCCUCUCUACUUCCAGUCGGUCCAGGAAGCGUCACCGAUGCGCUCGGGUCUACUCAUCCUCCCUAUUGUGUUGAUGGAAGCCUUGAUGGGUGUUACAGCUGGAGUCGUCAUCCACCGCACCGGCAGAUAUCUCGAACUCAUCUAUAUCGGAGUCGUCCUGCUUACAGUCGGAAACGGGCUGUAUAUUCUGUACAACGCUACUUCAUCUCUAGGUGAAAUCAUUGGGUUCCAGAUCAUUAGUGGCAUCGGCGCCGGGCUCCUGUUCGAAGCGCCACUUAUCAGCUUACAGGCUGGCGUCUCGCAAGAGGACACCGCAACUGCUACGGCAACGCUGGGCUUUAUCCGAAAUCUUGCUACCUCCUCAUCAAUAGUCAUCGGUGGAGUGGUAUUCCAGAAUUGCAUGAAGAUGCAAGCACCUGGGCUUCGCGCAGCAGGGCUGUCAGCGAUCCUAACGGCAGAACUGACGGGAGGGGAUGCGGCGGCAAACGUCAUGACGGUCAGGAAGAUAAAAGAUCCCGCCCAGAAGCUAGCUGUCAAGGAGGCUUUCGCGUCCAGCCUCCGGAAUAUGUGGAUCUUAUACACGUGUGUCGCUGCUGUGGGAGUGGUUGCGAGCGCGUUCGUGAUGAAGAUAAAGCUGAGCAAAGAGCAUAAGGAGACGAAGACUGGCCUUAGGAAAAAGUCCGAUCCAGAUACCCCCGGUUCAAGUACACCCCCUGUUGUCACGGCAUGAACUAUGAAUCGAUGGGCCCGAGUAACCCGGAUAUAUUGAAAGAUUGUCGAAAUGAGAUUCCAGAUUAUGGCAAUUUUUCUUUGCCAU